AUGUUGAAGAACUACGCGGAGAAGGACUGGAUGUGCACGGCCGAGGUUUGGAGGCGGCGCACGUGGUUCGAGCUGCAGACGGAGUGCGCGGCGAGGGGCCUGGUCGAGGGCGGCAGGUGCAAGGAGGACCUGGUCGAGCGGCUCGUGGUGUGCCCGGGGUCUGUGAGGCCGGCGGCGCCUCUGAGGCUGGACACCAUGCCAGAGAUCAUGCCAGAGGCUAUCGACGACCCGGAGCUCCAGCCGCGGCCACCGCCGGCGGACCAGUCCAAGCGGCCGCCUACGGAGAGGAUGCUCAGCCAUGCAAGGAGACUGGCCCUGAAGGCGGGGAGAGAGCUGACCCAGGGCGAAGAGACCCUUUUUAGCCUCUGCUCCAACUUCAUCGACAG